AUGUUAAGGCAAGACUACAAUCGCGUCGACCCCAAGAGGCGCCAUGUCGAUUAUCGUAAGCAGCAAUUCGCCGACCCGGCUUACAAGGAGACCGAGUAUCCCCAUCGUCUCAACUUCUACGAGACCCCCCCCACCGCGGACAUCACCCUGGAGCAGUUUGAGCAAUGGGCCAUUGAUAGGCUGCGGAUUCUUGCCGAGUUGGAAGCGUGCUCGUUCCGCAACAAAACCCCCGCCGAGACGGCGACGCACAUGAAGCCGCUCCUCGACAAGUAUCUCCGGCUCGACUCCAACUCGUCCGCCUCGUCAAAACUCUUCUCCGAGCGCCAGAAGGACCAUUACAGCCACUUCAUCCUUCGGCUAGCCUUCGCGUCGACCGAGGAUCUGCGACGGAGAUUUAGUCGCGUCGAGACCAUGCUUUUCCGCCUGCGACUGAGCGAAGACGGCGGGCGCGAGCGCAAUGCCUUCAUCCAGAGCCUCAACUUAGACUGGGAGCCUGCCACUGAUGAGGAGCGGACUAAGUACUCGGCUGAAUUAACAGCAACGGCUGGGCUUAAAAAGGGAGGCGAAGAGGAGACCUAUUUCAAAGUCGACUGGGAGCGAGUGCCAGAGCUAGUCGAAGCGAGGAGAGUCUUCCUGAGGGCCGGCCAGGCCUUCGUGCCUUCGAAAGAAUUGCCGAGCAUGGUAGCCGCCCAGUUCACGCAGAGGCUGGACCGCGCGCUAGAGCUUACUGCGCGUGCCCUACCGCGGCUCGACGAAGACGACCGCCUUGCUCCCAUCCUCGAGCACCUAUCCAAGAACUUCAUUACGCCCGACGCUUCGUUCGGCGCCAGCGGCAGCGGCCCUGCUGUUCCUGGUGCCGAGAUAACGGCGCGAAGUAUCGAUGCGCUGUCCUCGCAUUUCCCAUUAUGCAUGCAGAACCUACACCGGUCGUUGCGCCGCGACGCGCACUUGAAGCACUACGGUCGUCUACAGUACACCCUCUUCCUGAAGGGAAUAGGCCUCAACCUAGAGGAGUGCCUCGUGUUCUGGCGCAGCGCUUUCCACAAGGUUACGGACGACACCUUCAACAAGGAAUACAGGUACAACGUGCGGCACUCGUACGGCGACGUUGGCGGGGAUUCGAUCCGUCGCGGCGGUGGUUAUUCUCCGUUCUCGUGCCAGAAGAUACUCACCGAGCACCCACCUGGUCCGGGGGAGGCGCACGGGUGUCCGUACCGACAUUUCAACCUAGAGAAUCUCACGGCGCUGCUGCAAGGAGUGGGCAUAUCUGAUCGCGCCGUCUUGCAGGGCGUCAAGGAGGAUAAGGACAACCAGAAAUUUCACAUGGCCUGCAAUCGUGUGUUCGAGUACGUCCAUAAGAACGAGCUUAAGAAGGCCAAGGACGAGAACCUCAUGUCUGCGAGUCAACUUGAGACCAUUGUCCAUCCCAACGAAUACUUCAGACGCAGUUAUCUACUCAAGAAUCUGGGGAAGGCGAAUCAGAGCGACGACGUGAAGAUGGAGGGUUCCUAG